CUGUGUUCCUUAUCGAGUGCGGUUAAGAUAUUCGGUCUGAUUAUGAGUUCUUGGAUGAACUGUCCGUCCUCUUUGCUGCUGUUGCUGUUAGGCUUGAGCCUGCAUAGCGCGUGCAUCACGCGAGCGAACGUUGCCGGUCAGCACGGUAGUCAAGACGGUGGUCAUGAGUCCUUAGUGGUGGAGACUACUAGUGGGCUGAUGCGCGGUCUCUCUCGCACGGUGCUCGAUCGUGAGGUUCAUGUGUUCUACGGAGUGCCGUUCGCGAAACCUCCGGUUGGGCCUUUGCGAUUUCGCAAGCCGCUACCGAUCGAGCCCUGGCACGGAAUAUUGAACGCUACCACCUUGCCCAAUAGCUGCUAUCAAGAGCGCUACGAGUACUUUCCAGGCUUUGAGGGCGAGGAGAUGUGGAAUCCUAACACCAACAUCUCCGAGGACUGUCUCUACCUCAACAUUUGGGUGCCGCAGAAGUUGCGUCUACGUCACAAGGAGUCACCGGACAACGUUGGUAAUAACGGUAUGGCGAUAUUGGUCUGGGUCUAUGGCGGCGGCUUCAUGAGCGGCACCGCCACCCUGGACGUCUACGAUGCCGACAUUAUGGCGGAAAGAGCGCCGGGUAACAUGGGCCUCUGGGACCAGGCCUUGGCUCUUAAGUGGCUUCGUGAAAACGCGCGCGUCUUCGGCGGCGAUCCCGACUUGAUUACGAUCUUUGGCGAGUCUGCGGGUGGUAGUUCAGUGUCCUUACAUCUCAUCUCACCGGUCACGCAAGGUUUAGUGCGUCGAGGUAUCCUUCAGAGUGGCACCCUCAACGCCCCAUGGAGUUACAUGACCGGCGAAAAGGCAAACGAGAUGGCUCGAGUGCUGGUAGACGAUUGCGGAUGCAAUUCGACAAUGCUGCAAGAAAACCCGGCACGUGUUAUGGCCUGCAUGAGGUCGGUGGACGCAAAAACUCUCUCCGUGCAACAGUGGAACAGUUAUUGGGGCAUUCUCGGCUUCCCGUCGGCGCCCACCAUCGACGGGGUCUUCCUGCCUAAGGAUCCAUUGGACUUGGUCAGAGAGGCGGAUUUCAAAAACACCGAGAUCCUGAUUGGAAAUAACGAGAACGAAGGAACGUAUUUUAUUCUAUACGAUUUCAUUGACUUCUUCGAGAAAGAUCAAGCCAGUUUUUUGGAUCGAGAUAAAUUUUUCAACAUCAUCAAUACUAUCUUCAAGAAUAUGUCGCAAAUCGAGCGUGAAGCCAUCAUUUUUCAAUAUACCGAUUGGGAUCAGGUGAACGAUGGUUAUCAGAACCAAAGGGCGAUAGCAGACAUUGUGGGCGAUUAUUUCUUUAUCUGCCCAUCCACACAUUUUGCGCAAUUAUUCGCAGAUCGCGGCAUGAAGGUCUACUAUUACUUUUUCACGCAGAGGACAAGUACGAAUGUAUGGGGCAAAUGGAUGGGUGUGAUGCAUGGUGACGAAGUGGAAUAUGUCUUUGGGCAUCCCUUGAAUAAAUCUUUGGAAUACACCGACAAUGAACGAGAUCUGUCUUUGAGAAUGAUUCACUAUUUCUCGCGAUUUGCAUAUACGGGGAUGCCAACAGUAACCGAAACUGAGUGGCCAUCUUACACCAGGAACCAUCCAAAGUAUUUUAUUUGGAACGCGGAAAAGAAGAAUGCUUUUGGCAGAGGUCCUCGCACAACAGCCUGUGCAUUUUGGAACGAAUUCUUGCCGCGCCUAAAAGGUGUUCCUGAUCCCACACCCGAAGCAUGUAAAAGUGCAAUGGCGUCGAGCGUUUCUGCCGGUGUCAGCAAACUGCGUAGUUCGUCAACAAUUGCGUCCAUCAUCUUACUUCCGGUGCUGGUAGUAUAUAGAUUUAUAUAAGCGAUUCACCUCCAUGUCGAUA